GGUUGAGGAGGGGAAAGGAUUCGAAAGGCGGAUUUAAGCUUCUUUCUUUUUUUGGGGGGGGGAUAAUGUCGAAUUUAUAUGGAGAGUUUAACCAGAAGAUCGAUUACGUGUUCAAGGUGGUGUUGAUUGGGGAUUCUGCGGUGGGGAAAUCUCAGCUCCUGGCCAGAUUUGCCAGAAACGAGUUUAGUUUGGAUUCGAAAGCCACGAUCGGGGUCGAAUUCCAAACCAAAACUCUGAUUAUCGAUAAUAAAACAGUCAAGGCUCAGAUUUGGGACACUGCUGGCCAAGAGAGGUAUCGAGCGGUAACAAGUGCAUACUACAGAGGGGCAGUUGGAGCAAUGCUGGUAUACGACAUGACAAAGCGCCAGUCGUUUGACCACAUGGCUCGGUGGCUAGAGGAGCUGAGGGGCCACGCCGACAAGAACAUAGUCAUUAUGCUCAUAGGGAACAAGUGUGACUUGGGAAGCCUCAGGGCUGUUCCAGUUGAGGAUGCACAGGAAUUCGCCGAAAGAGAAAACCUCUUCUUCAUGGAGACAUCUGCUCUGGAAGCCACCAAUGUGGGGACGGCGUUCAUGAACAUUCUCACAGAAAUAUACAGGAUUAUAAGCAAGAAGACGCUAAGCGCAGAUGGUCUUGACUACAGCAGGCAGGGGACCAUGAAGGGUACUCCGAUCAUUGUGGAUCAAGACUCCAGUUCUGGUGCCAGAUCAGGUGGCGGUGGCUGUUGCGGUGGCUGAUCCUCUAUAUACAUAUAUACUAAACUCAAUAUUCUUUUGCAUUAUAUGAUAUUAAGGCUGUUAUUGUUAUGGCAAACAGAUCAGAAUAUGAUUUUGUAAAAAAGGAAAAUGAAGAGAAUGGUGUAAG